UGAGUGUUUAGUCGGCCUUUGUCAUUAUUAAAUAAACAACCGGAAGCUGGUCCGUCUUGUGUUCCGGUAGCUAGGCUAGGCUAGGCUAGGCUAGGCUAACUUAGCUAACAAGGUUGUUGUUGUCUUCGCUUUGCAGACAGAAAAGAUCUGACUGAAGAUCAAACUUAUGAAGAGCAUUCACCUGCGCUGUGCCUUCUGUGACCACGCCCCCAGCAGCCUCUGACCACGCCCCCAGCAGCCUGUGAUGCACCUUUAGCCGCAGCCAGGUGCCACAAAGAGGCGUGAUGGUGCGCCACAGCAAGCUGCAGAAGCAGGUCCUGGCUCUGUACCGACACUUCCUGCGGGCCGGACACGACAAGCCGGGCUUCCUGCCCCGCAUACGAGAUGAGUUCAGGGAGAACGCCGCCAUCAAGAAGACGGACGUGAUGCACAUCGAGUAUUUGUAUCGACGGGGUCAGCGGCAGCUGGAGCAGCUGAAGGACGCCAACACCAAACAGCUGGGCACCUUCUCCAAGAAGUAGGAGAACAGCUGACCUGCCACCUUGGUCAUGUGACCUGGGACUACCCACACAUGCCUCCUUGUCACAUCCUCACAUUAAAACACAUUUAUGUGCUGGUCAAA